AUGGGCGCGCGCCAGAUACCCUCGGAGGCGUGUUCAAGAAAGCUCGCGAAGAUGCCGCGGUCCUCGCUCGUGCCGCUGCUGCUGCUGCUGGCGCUGGCGCUGCGCUCCGUGGGCGCCUCCAUCUACCCCGUGGAGAGCAGCUACUGGGUGCCGCCCUUCCAGCGCGCGGAGAAGCUCUUCGCCACGGACCAGGGGCCCAUCCUCGCGCGCACGGGCAACUCGUCGGUCACGAUCGACAUCAGCGGUGUGAAUGUUACGCAGGACAUGGCCGGCUGGAGACUCGUGGUCUUCUUCUACCACGUGGACAGCUACGAGGACUUCCAGGCCGUGGCCGACAAGAUCGAGCUGCUGGCCUGCUCCGACGUGGAGGGGAUGAAGUUCGACGGCAUGUCGGACAUCCAGCGCUUCGUCUUUCCCGUGCUGAACUCGUCCAUGCCCUCGGUGAGCGCCAACGUGUCGCACCUCGUGAACACGAGCGGCUGGACGGACACGCAGGUGUUCGUCUGCGCGGACGACGAGGGCGCCCCCACCGAGACGCUCACGUUCACGGGCUCCAUGGAGGUGCGCAACCCGUACGGACUGCUGCCCGCCGUGCUGUACGGCAUGCUGCCGUUCAGCGCCUUUCUGACGAUCGGAUACCUGGUGCUGGACGUGUUCUUCGUGUUCCUGCUCAUCCGCUACCGCCGCCAAUUGCUGUCGCUCCACUGGGGAAUUCUGCUGAUCCUGGUCAUGGGAACGGCGGCGUCGGCAGUCUGGUUCUACGCGUUUUUCAGGAUGAACAAGACAGGCGAGCCCGUGUGCUGCCCCUACCCGACGACGUUCCUGAUUGCCGUCAUUUUGGAUACCUUCGUGCGUACGCUGGCGCGUAUCAUCCUGCUAGUGGUGUGCCUUGGCUACGGCAUUGUGCGCAGCCACAUGACUCGCGUUGAAGUUAGUGUGAUUGCCCUGCUGUCGCUGGCGUACUUUGUGUCGGGGAUCGCCGACGAGGUCACGCGCGGCACGUCAAGUGGUGCUGACUUCCGCGAGAAGCCGACGGCGUGGUCGUUUAUUCAGCUGCUGUGCAACCUCACGUUCAUCAUGUGGAUCCAGUACUCGAUGGAGCGCAUCCUGCGCGAUCUUCGCGACCAGAAGCAGUUUGCCAAGCUCAGCAUGUACCGCUGGCUGGCGUGGUCCCUCGCAGCUUUCAUCGUGUUCUUCACGAUUCUUACAGUUGUGGCCGUCUGCAGUCGGCUCGGCGUGUUUGAAUGGGACGUCGAGUGGGAAUGGAUGCAGCUCGUGGCUUGGCCGGUGCUGAACUUCACUGUCUCGGCUGCGAUGACCUUUAUCUGGCGACCGACGCAGAACAGCUCACAAUUCGCGUACUCCAUGCAGUUGCCUAUGACUGAGAGUCCGGGUAUCGAGAUGACACGCAACACGCACGGAUCGUCGUCGGAUGAGGACAUCAACCCAGAAAUUGAGUCCGACUCGGACGAGGAGAACCCGCGUCCCCCCGUGACGGAGAAGAAGCAAAAGAGCUACAGCAAGGAUAGUGAUGAUAUGGAAGGGGUCUAGGAUGAGUGCAAUUAAUU